AUGAUUCUGAAAAAUACAGUGGGAACACUUGUGGUUUAUUCAGGAGGUGUUGUAAUAAUUUCGACUCUCUUUUAUAUAUUUUUCAGAGUUCUAAGUGUGAACGUCGUUGAUUAUAGAUUUGUUGUCGGUCCAAUUAACCGUUUAUUCUCAAACAACGUUUCAGGGUUAAUCAAAUUUAAUAUUAGCAGCGAAAACUCAUCCAGCGUUAAUUAUGAAAAUUUCUGGAAUCAGUAUAAACAUUAUAGAGAAUCAUCAGCAAGACACUUGUGGCCGUCGAAGGAUGAACAAUAUGACAGGAUAUUACAUCAGUUAAACACAGUACCUGUUAUUAAUACUUCUCUUCCUAUGAAAUUAAUUUAUUUGGAUUGGGGAUUUCUGUAUGGCACAUCUGCUGGGCAAAAGUUUUUUCUUGACGAAAAAUGUCCAGUUUCGUGGUGUUCUUUCACAGACGACAAAAAGAUGAAAAGAAAAGCAAAUCUAGUUGUUUAUAGAAAUAGUUUAGAUAAAUACGCUGGAUGUGGAGAUGACAGUGGAAAAAGUUGCUCUCUACGCAAACAAAUUCAUAUGUUGAUAACCCAAGAAUCACCGUUCCAUACUCCGUACUACAAAAGUGCUAUUAACUGGACAGCUACUUAUCGGUCGGAUUCCACUAUCGUUAUGCCUUACGGAAAAUUUGUUUUUUUUAAAAACUUUUCUAAACUUCCUGAUAAAACUUACAAAAAUUUUGCUUUGGGAAAAGAAAAAAAAGUUGCAUGGUUUGUCACUAAUUGUAGACCUAAAAACGGCAGAUAUGAAUAUGCUGAAGAGCUUGCCAAAUAUAUCGAUGUUGAUAUUUAUGGUGGGUGUGGCAAAAAAACUUGUGGCGACCAGUAUGAUAAACGUUGUUAUGACUUACUCCUCAAUGACUACAAAUUUUAUCUAUCUUUCGAAAAUUCUAACUGCAAAGAAUAUAUAACUGAAAAGUUUUUUCGCAAUGCACUAAGUUAUGACGUGUUGCCAAUAGUAAUGGGAGCAAGACCAGAAGAUUAUGAAAAAGUGGCCCCACCUAAUUCUUACAUACAUGUUGACGAUUUUGUUUCUCCAAAACAAUUAGCUUCUUACCUACAUAAAUUAGAUCGUGAUGAUUACCUUUACAACAGCUAUUUUCGAUGGAAAGGUACCGGAGAGUUCGUUGACACAAAAUUUUGGUGUCGAGUUUGUACAAUGCUUCACGAACAAGAUGCAACAGGUGUCCAAAUGUGGUACGACAACUUGGAUCUUUGGUGGAGAGCGCCAGGCACUUGCAUCAAAACUAGAUAUUUUCCAACGAAUUUUUCAAAAAAAGCAUUAUGA